AUGGAGAAUUUUGAACCCAGCAUGGAGUCUACUCAUGUCGAUUCAGGUGGGGCACAUCAUUCACCAGUUAUUGAUGAACAAUUCGCAAAGAAUGGAAAUAUACUUGAAGAGCCAAUCCAUUUUGAAGCGUUAGAAUAUACGUCCCCUGGUGGUCGUGAGUAUUUUACACCCAUAUGCGAUGAAAAGUAUAAGCCGUAUGUAGAUAGGGCUUUUCCCACUAUUGAUGCUGCAUAUGAUUUCUACCGAGAAUAUGGACGUUUAUGUGGAUUUGAUGUUCGCAAGAGUUCUGCAAAACAUGCUCCUGAUGGUACAGUCAUUCUCAAGUACAUAGAAUGUAGUUGGGCUGGUACGUAUGACAAAAAUAAGCAAACAACAUCUGAAGUUGUUGCUGAGAAGCCCAUUAAACGUCGUAGGACAAGUUCACGUAGGUGUGAUUGUAAUGCUAUGAUCAAAGUAAAAUAUACCGGUCUCAGUGGUUAUGUUGUAUCAUAUUUCGUUGAGGAUCACAAUCACGCAUUAGCUUCCGCCUCCGGUAAACAGUUCUUGAGAUGUAGUAGGAAGUUGAAUUUCUGUCAUCAGAACUUGAUUUCUGACUUUUCUCGGGCAAAUAUUGGUCCAGUUAGAACUUAUAAUAUAAUGAAAGAGAUGGUUGGUUCGUAUGAGAAUGUAUGUGCUACAUCCACAGAUUUUAAAAAUUUUAAGCGCGACAUGAGGGCUCGUAUCGGUCCACAUGAUGCAGACAUGAUACUUGACAAGUUUAGUGGGAAAUAUGUGACGUCAAAAAAAACCUUUUACUAUGAGUAUAAACAAGACAAUGAUGGUCACUUAACUGGUCUUUUUUGGGCUGAUGCUAUUGGUGUUGAUAAUCAUUGGAGCAAUGUGACAUUUGCUGCUGCACUGGUUGAGAAAGAAGAUCAUACCAACAUUAAGUGGGCGUUGGAUGCUUUUACCAAAUGCAUGGAUCAUAUUCCUCCAUGCGUCAUAACAGAUCAAUGCCUUGGAAUAAAGAAGGCUGUUUCGCUGGUUUGGCCCGAAACCAUACAUCGUUAUUGUAUGUGGCACAUUAUGAAUAAAUUGUCUAGCAAGAUUCGUCCAUCCUUAGCUUCUGAUAAAAUUUUCAUGUCUAAAAUGAAGUCUUUAGUCUGGGCUGAUCACUUAUCAAUUCAAGAAUUUGAAGAAGGUUGGACGUCUGUUAUUGAUGAAUACGAUUUGGGUGAUAAUGACUGGCUUACUGAUAUGCAUGUCAUCCGCAAAGAAUGGAUCCCUGCUUAUUUUAAUAAUGUUGCAAUGGCUGGCUUGCUUAGAACAACGUCACGUUCGGAGAGCUCAAACUUCUACUUUCAACAUUUUCACAAGAGCGGGGAUACUUUGCUUGAGUUCUUCUCUAAAUAUGAAAGUGCAAUUGAGAAACAACGUCAUUUAUUUGAAGAUAACAACCAGCUCUCAAUAUCCGUUCCAAUACCUGCCACCGAGUUGAAGAUUGAAAAAGAUGCUGCAAAAAUAUAUACACGUCAACUGUACUACCUAGUCAGGGAAGAAAUAGAAUCGGCGUGGUACCAUACAAGCAUUGAUGAAGUCAGUCUUAUUGAAGGUGUUAAACAUUUUAAAAUAAAAGAUGCAUUAUUAAAGGGAAAAUUGUUUGAGGUUACUGUAAGACUUGCUGAUCACGAUGUGAAUUGCGAGUGCAAAUUCUAUGUCCGGAGAGGUUACUUAUGCAGACAUGCGUUUGCAAGUUUGCAUCAAUGUGGUGUUUCCAAAAUUCCACUAGCUUUCAUUAACACACGUUGGACAAAGAAUGCCGAAAAUCAACCCGCGAUUGUGUCCAGUGCCAAUUCUCAACAUUGUGUUGACAGUGAAGAGGUGAAGUUAUUAGUAAAAGAAAAUUGGUUUGAUUUCCAGACGUGCAUGAGUAUUGCUGGUUUUGAUAAGAGCGCGGUAUGUAAGAUGCGCACACAUAUCCAGGCGAUGAAAGUUGACAUGAAAGAAUUAGUGACACAUAAGGAAGCAACAAUUGACAAGUUUGUCGGUCCACAACCUCAUUCAGAUGUUGUUGUACAGAAUCCAAACACAAGUCGUAACAAAGGAUGUGGCAAGAGGAUCAAGAGUGGCAAAGAACAAGCGAUGAACAGUAACAAUGACAACCGUCGGAAGUGCAGCAUAUGCGGACAUAUUGUUGGACAUAAUGCUAGGACAUGUCCACUCCGAAAGAAAUAA